AGAAAUAGGCGGGAGGCCGGGGGUAUUGCUCGAGACCGGCGACGGCAGGGUUGUCAUGGAGCUGCGGGGCUGCGCUCGCGCAUGCGCCACCUGACCCACAGGCCCGGUUGUGGAGCGGCGACCCCGGCCCUAGGGCAAUCCAGAUGAAAAGAGCAUUGGUGAAUCUGCUUCCUGCCCAGUAAAACAUGGAGAGGAAAAACCCAACCAGGGAGAGCCCCAGAAGACUCUCAGCCAAACUAGGCAAAGGGACAGAGAUGAAGAAGGUGGCUCGUCAGCUCGGCAUGGUGGCUGCAGAGUCAGAUAAGGACUCAGGAUUUUCAGAUGGGAGCUCGGAAUGUCUGAGCUCUGCAGAGCAGAUGGAGUCCGAGGACAUGCUGAGCGCCUUAGGCUGGAGCCGAGAAGACAGGCCAAGGCAGGGCUCCAAGACUGCAAACAAUGCCUUCCCCACCCUGUCCCCCAUGGUCGUCAUGAAGAAUGUGCUCGUCAAACAGGGCAGCGGCUCAUCCCAUCUCCAGUCCUGGACUGUCCAGCCUUCCUUUGAAGUGAUCUCAGCACAGCCUCAGCUCUUGUUCCUUCAUCCACCUGUACCCUCUCCCAUCAGCCUGUGUCACGCUGGCGAAAAAAAGUCAGACUCCAGGAACUACCUGCCCAUUCUGAAUUCUUACACCAAAAUAGCCCCACACCCAGGCAAAAGGAGCCUUUCACUCAGCCCAGAAGAAAGAGGGGGAAGUGGGAUGCGGAAGAAAAUCUGUACCGAGAGACUUGGGCCCAGCAUGUCUUCCAGCGAACUGACCAAGCCUGGUGCUGUGCCGCCCAGCCCCUCGACGCCAGCACCACCCAGUGCCAAACUUGCCGAGGACUCAGCUCUGCAGGGCGUGCCCUCCCUGGUGGCAGGUGGAAGUCCACAGACUCUUCAGCCAGUAUCCAGCAGCCAUGUGGCUAAAGCUCCCAGCCUGACCUUUGCUUCUCCUGCCAGUCCUGUCUGUGCCUCAGACAGUACUCUGCAUGGGUUAGAGAGCAGCUCUCCCUUGUCCCCGCUGUCAGCUAAUUAUAGCUCCCCUCUGUGGGCUGCAGAGCACCUCUGCCGAAGCCCCGAUCUCUUUACAGAGCAGCGGCAGAGCAAACACAGGCGCUUUCAGAAUACCCUGGUAGUCCUACACAAAUCGGGUUUGCUGGAGAUCACUUUGAAAACCAAGGAGUUGAUUCGGCAGAACCAAGCAACUCAGGUGGAACUAGACCAGCUAAAGGAGCAAAUCCAGCUGUUUAUAGAGGCCACCAAGAGCAGGGCCCCUCAGGCGUGGGCCAAGCUACAGGCAUCUUUAACAUCUGGGUCCAGUCACACUGGCAGUGACCUAGAAGCUUUCUCUGAUCAUCCAGACAUCUAGCACAGAAGGCAUAUUUUCCUGUUACUUGAGUGGUUCUUUUAACUCUUUUGCUGUUACCUACUCCUGUUCCCCAAAGCUUACAUAGGAGCUUUUCCUUCUAAAUUUAAACUGUUCCGCAGUUCACAUAUGAAGCCACGUGCCAGUACCUGGCUGCUGUCUUAACCUGUGGUCUAUGCACAGAUUCCGUAUGCCUCCGCUCCACUGAGGGCCUCCGAUUCAGUGUCCUUGAGUCCAUUUUCUUUAGCCAGCAGGUACUGAGGUGGAUCAUGGGGCAAGGCAGGAGAGAUGACUGUGUGGGGCUCCUGCAGCUGCCACCUCCCACUGUCCCACUCACUACCUGGAUAAAGGGCAAAAUGACACGGAUAGGUGUACAGAGGGACACCUGUCAAGCCAGGGUGCGGGCGAUUUAGGAUGCCUUCAUGACUCUUCCCUAAGAGGUAUGUUUGCAUCCCACAAAGCGUCUCGUGCCCAUUGGGUGAAGCCUAAGAUGCUUUGGGCACAGCUUGGGCCUAGGGUGCAAGCAGGUUAACCACUUACAACUUUGUUUUCUUAAACUUGAAGGUCAAGGGGAGAGGGUAGCACCAUUUGACUCAUGCUUUAAUCACAAGUCAGAUUUCUCUUAAAGUGGUAGGCAAAAUACUUCAGAUUUUUAAGGUAUGGAAAGAGUGGAAUCAGUAGUGUCUGGAAUUUCAUUUGAUAGAUUGCUUUUUUUACUUGGAACUUGAAGAAGGUAGAGAGGGUCAGCAUCUUUUGGAGCUGGAAGAGUCUGGUGAUGUAUGCUUUUUUCUUCAUUGGAAACAAUGCAGCCUCUCUUUGUCUAAAAACCUUGAGGAUAGCCUCAGUGUUUCCUGAUAGUAGUAUACGUUAACUCUCUGCCGCCUCUUUUUUUUCCCCCCUUCAUUUAUGUAAAAAGGAAACCCUGGUGGCGUAGUGGUUAACCCUGGCUGCUAACCAAAAGGUUGGCAGUUUGAAUCCACCAGGCGUUCCUUGGAAACCCUAUGGGACAGUUCUACUCUGUCCUAUAGGGUCACUGUGAGUUGGAAUUGACAGCAACAGAUUUGGUUUUGUUUUUAAUGUAAAAAAGGAAAGAAGUGAUAGUUACAUUUGCUAAACUUAGGAUUCAGUUAAAUCAUUCUGAGAUUUAGGAUACAGAAGGCCACAGCAAACUGGAAAACAUUCUUCUCAUCCAUUUUCUUUUCACAUCCAAAGUUUUUGUUUGUUCAUGUCAGAGUGACAUGGAGCAAUUGUGGAGCAGUCUCCUGUGUGUCUUUUCUGUUUUGGACAUUGGCAACAAAGCCAGAGGGGUAGUGUUGGUUUAUUCAAAGUUCAUCUAGAAAUGGGAUGAGAAUUUCCAGAUGAGAAAAUGAAAGUACACAUUCUUUUCAGCUUCAUUGUAUAGGUAAACUAGAUAUCUAAGUAGUAAAGUUUCAGCCUUUGUUUUUAUCCUUUCAUUUAAAAAUUUGCAUUUUCUAGAAAAUCUUUAUCCUUUACAAAUGAAUAAAAAGUUCAAUGUGAGCGGCUUCAUCGUUACUGCAGGAAAAAUGUUCUUGAAAUUUUACCAAGGCCAGAAGUUAAUGAUCAUCCUUACUCACCGGUUGCCAUUGAGUCACAGUCACUCCUGACUCAUGGCAACCCCGUGUGUGCCAGAGUAAGUACUCUACUCCAUGAGGACUUCAGUAGCUGAUUUUUUGGAAGUAGAUUGCCUGGCCUUUGUUCCUAGGUGCCUCUGGGUGGACUCAAACCUCCAACCUCUCAUUUAGAAUUUGAAUGCAUUAACUGUUUACACCACCCAGGGUCUCCUCAUAUUUACUAGGUAUAGUUAGAAUUCUAACAUAGUUUAAAAAUUAUAGGGUUUCAAAUUGCCUACACUUUGUUCUCACACAUAUAUGGCUUGGAUAUGACUGAUGUAGAAAUAUAAACAACUUCGUAAAAUCUCUAGAUUCUGCUGAUCAAUGCAGAAAUACUACCUGCCGUCUGCUUUCUGAAAGGAGUGUAAAAAUCGGGGCAAAUGUGUCUUUCAGCAGACUCGGCUCCUUUAAUAUUUUUCUCUUGGCCCAUUCUCUUUGCCUCCCCUGAAUCCGUGUGAUACUGUAGCAGCUCGACUCUGCACCAUGCUAGGAAGCUUCCUUUUUGGCAGAAUAUGUUUGGCAGCAAAGCUAUAGAGACAGGUGCCUUCAGAACAGCCUGGGCACCAGUCAUGAGUCUUACUGAGUGUCAAAAAUCUGAAAACACUUGCUGAGAACCAAAUUUAUUCCACAGGCAAAACCUUCUGUGGAGCUCUGAGUCUCUUGGACUCUUCUCCCUAGAUGAAGGUUUACAUUUUCCUUGCUGUCACGGUGAAGGAUGAUGAAAGCCAUCAUCGGUCCUUGCUGUUGAGUGGCAGGGAGAAGCAGCACUGCCCCCUGCUCUUCUCUGAUCUUGCAGCUCGGUACUGGAAGCUUCUCUAGGCUGUUAGCAUGGGUGUUCUUUUCUUAGUGGAGCUGUAAGCAGGUGAAGCCAAGUAGAGAAGCUAGACCUUGGAAGGAGGGAUCCGUUGAGGCCAGAAUCCAGAUUGGCAAAUGGAGGAACCUCGGAGUUGACCAGAAAGGUCUCCAUCGGUUGCACAAGGCUGUAAGUAGUAAUGGUCUUGGCAAUGCAUGAUCUGAUCUGGUAUGAAGUACUGUGGCAGAGCUACUGUUGCCUGAAAGUGAGAAGCCAUUCUUAGCGCAGACCAACCCUGAAGAGAACUUUUGGCAGAUUUUGUUGGCAGUGUUGAAAUACAUCUAGAAAAAGCUGCUGAUUGAGUCGGUUAUGGGAAUGGUGUUGAAUGACAUUUGUAAUUUAUUACACUCAUUGCUUUUUGUUGAUUAUAGUAUUGUCUGAUUUUUCUUUACUGUGAUUCCUUCAGCAGAAAAGUAACGUGUGCAUACAUUGAAGUGUUCUUCCAGCUAUGGGUUGUGUAGGGUAGAAAUUUAUUUACCAAAUGUGAAUUCUUUUGACAAGUGUGAAGUUUUGUAGAAAUUGACUGUGAAAUAUCAGAGAGAAAUAAAAGUCACUUACUUGAAAACUAUUUGGCCUUUUUGCUUUAUACCUGCUUACAAAUACUGAGUGAAAUUUAGAGUAAAUACUAGAGUUGAUGUAAGUUCCAAACAUAUGUGCUCAUGUCAUUGGGAGUUUUGGGAUUAGAUACUGAACUUGUGGAAAUUCAUUGUUGAGACUUUGAUUGGUGUGAAUUCAAAAGGAAAUGCAGGCAGUCUGAAUGCAAAUGUACAGUCCAGUGGUCCCUAGAUUCUUGGAAGUUUAUAUUGGGUAGGUUGGGAAGAAUGAACACAUCUCAAUGAUUUUGUCCAUCUGAUCUGAACACUUCCACCAUUAGAAGUUUUAAAUGAUAAAACUACAGUUGUAUGCUGGAGUAAACUACAGACGCAUUAAGUGAAGUUCCCUCUGCGAUAGAGGUCCUUAGCACGUACAUCUCCCAGCCCUCCUCCUGCUGCUUAGGGCUGAUUCCUAAAGCUCUGCUCCUCCUCAGGGUUCACUAGAGUCUCAACAGGGAGCUGAUGUGGCAUCUUCUCUGCUCCCCGAGGCCAGUCAGGAACCCCUUCCCCC